AUGAAAUUAACCUUAAUUACAUUUGCGACAUUGAUAACUACUUGUUUUGCAGCAAGUAUUCCUCAAGACACCAAUCAUGAAAUGAAUUUAUUCCAAGAAUUGGGUCUUAAUAUGAGUGAUGCCAAUGCGUUGGAGCUCGAGAAAGCUGCUGCAACCGGACUUACAGAUUUAAUCAAUAAGGGUAAAAAAGCAUUUUCGUUGGUGAACGUAUUGAAAGAUGUUUUGGGUACGAUUAGUAACAUCAAUGAAAUCCAAGAAAGUGAAGAAAUGGGCCUUGAAAAAAGAGACUUGGUAGAGGAUUUGUUAGUUAAGGUCUUUGUCGCCUUAAAAAAAUCAGGGCUUGUGAAUUCAAUUGUCAAAAUGGCUUUGACGGAUUGCGAUGUGCGUCCAGCAAUCAUCGAAAUUCUUAUCGAAUUACUCGAGGCGGACGUUAUUCCUUGGGAAGACAUUUUUGUCGCCUUGAAAGAUUCAGGCUUAGCUGUUGACGUCAUUAACGAGCUUUUCACUGACCCAGAAACAAGAGAAGGUCUCGUACAAUUCACAACAGAACUAAUUCCCGACUUAUUAGCAUCUGGAGCUCUCAGUGGAAAAGACUUUUGCGUAGUACCAUCAGCUCGUAUACAAUUGAUCAAUGCUACAAUUCCAAAUUUUAAAUAG